GAUGACAAUGUUUACCCUCGAGGCAAUAUUGAACGAAUCUCAAAAUCCAAGAAAUUUAGUCCAGAGCAGGUCGGACUGCUCAAGCGAUUGGAAGCAGCGGAGAGAAACUCGUGGGAUGGCUUGCCUAUCAUCUGUACUGCCAUCGUUGCUGGAAACACAGCUGGACUGAGUGCCAAUUAUCUCAACGCAGUCGCUGGUAUAUACCUCGGUCUCAGACUCACGUACGUCUACCUCUAUGCUACGGUGACAGACCCAAAGAAGAGCUACGCGAGAUCCCUGGUUUACUGGCUCAGCAAC